AUGGAAAAUGAAAGAACCAUUGUCGAAGGAAGCAAAUCGUUGAUGUGCUACAAAGACAUUAAAAAAAUAUGCAGCGAGAACAAUUUAUACGAGACCGACGAGUUGAAUGAAGUUCUCUAUUUGCACAUGAAGGGGUUUCAUAAUAUAGACGGACUAUCGACAUUUAAAAAUUUAAAAUGUUUAUUUUUAAAUAAUAAUUGUAUACGAAAAAUAGAUAAUUUAAAUGCCCUGACAAACUUAAAGGCGCUGUAUUUGCAAAACAAUGACAUCACCAAGAUAGAGAACAUUGAGUGUAGCUCCUUAGUUAUUUUAAAUUUGUCCAACAACAAGAUAAAAAAAAUCAGCAAUUUGCAACCCUUGAAAUCAUUGCAGACGUUAAACAUAUCGAAUAAUUUGCUUGAAAAUAUCGAUGACAUAAAAGAAAUAGCAAAUCUGGAAAACCUCACUCAUCUAGACCUUUCAAACAAUAACUUAAACUUCAACAACGAUAAGGAUAUUCCUGAUUCACAUGACCACAUUAACAAGUCAGGUAACAACGAUGAUGAAAAAAGGGUUUAUUUAAAUGAAGUAAAAUGGGAACAAAUGGAAACUUAUCCUAGUGAAAAUGAAAGUAAAAACAAAUUUACAGAAUUCAUUAAUUUUUAUAAAAAUUUUCAUGAAGAAGUAAAUAAAAACGAAAAUUAUGAUUAUGUGAAAUAUCAUCAAAAUGUAGAAAUCAUGGAUGCAUUAACUAAGAAAAAAUUUUUCUUUCUAUGUGAGUUUAUCAUAUUAUUAAAAAAAGUAAAAAAAUUAAAAACUUUAUUCGUUAAAAAUAAUCCUUUCUCAAAUAAAAUUAGGCACGUUUCGAGAUAUUUGAUUGCAAACAUACCCAGACUUGUAUUCCUCGAUGAUAAAAAAAUAAAAAAAGAAGAUGUUUGCUUGGCAAGAAUAUUUUUGAAAAGAGGGACAAAAGAAGAACACGAACUUAAAAAAAUAUUUGAAAAAAAAAAAAUAGAUAAGUACAAAAAUUUAACCGAAAAAUUUCAUUCCUUUUUACUAGCCAAAAGUGAAAAGGUGUAA